UCUGGCUUAUUCCGCACACAAACAGCGAUGUCAGACGCGACUAAUGUGAAUGUGUGGCCGUGCACAACUGAGGCUGUUGACUGGUCUUUUGACGGGAUCAUAGCGCUUGCAGCGGACGACAGCGUUGAACUACUCUUCCCAAACUCCGAUUCAAGCGAUACAGAGCAGAAAGCCGCUUCUUGGCAGCACGCUCCACUACAAGUUUCAUGGUUUACGUCGACAGAGUUGCCGGAAAAGGAACCCGCACCUAUUCCUAUUUAUUCUGUAGGCGAGGAAUUAUCAACCAGCAGUCCGCUUGAUAUAGCUUGGUCACCACCGGGACUUGCUAAGCACAGACGAUGUGCUUUGAGUGUGCUCACUUCAGGCCUCGCUCUCUCCAUUUGGUCGGCAGAGGGGGACCCACGAAAAUCGUCGAGCUGGAAACGAAGGCUUGUAGUCAACAACGCUCUCAGAUCUUACUUCGACAAAGAUGCGAUUCUUAACGAUAGUGUUGUGGCGUCACAGACUGGGGAGAAGGAGAAGAUCAAUGAAUACGACCGGUUACGAACUCGAGUUCGAUCUUCUACCUGGGCGCCCGCUUUACCCAAUGCUGAGUACACAGGAGUCGUUGGGACGGAGUCGAAGUGGGCCCAGCAUAUGAUUGCAGUCACGAACGAAGACAAUCAAGUGGCCAUCGUGAUAGUGGAAUCACCAACCUCCACGUUUGGGUCGGAAGAAUGGAACGCUGAAGUUUUGGAUCACUUUACGGUCAUGCCAGAUUCUGAAAGUAUAUUUACUGUACCAGGCACAUUUGAUGAUAUCAUGGGUCAGCAACGAUGCAUCUCACACAUGGCAUGGAGCCCAUGGAAAAUCCAAGGACAGUGGUAUCAUUCCAUAAUUGCCUACGCUACCAACAACGAUGUCCGACUUCGUAUCAUUACUUAUACUCCUGAUACAAUUGGGCUUGGCGAUGAGGUAUUGUGCCCUGAUCUCUGUCUGCGCCACAAGGGCCCAAUGAAAUGGUCGCCGCGAAUCAAGGAUGGCGACAAACUCACUCUGGCCCUUUUCGGUAUCGAAGGCCUUACUGUUCUCACUGUAUCAAUGUCAGAUGCAACGAUUCUAGAAAGAAAGACUCAUGGGCUUGAUGGCCGCUGGGACAAAGUGUCUGGGGUGAUUUGGGAUGAUGCGGAUAGCACACCAACACGUUUACACUUCAGUUCCCUACAUUCUACAAUGAGCUCCCCGACUGCGGGUGUAGAGAUAUCUAGUGGCGGGUUGAUCGAACUUCCUUCUCCCAGCUGGCGCGAACAAAUAAGUGAUACACAAGCUCUUUUCAGUGCGCAGAAUGAUCUUAAGGGCAAUGCCAAGUCAAAAGUCUGGGGACUGUGCAUUUCGCCUCUGAGAGACUUCAUUGCGUUCUGUCAUACCGUACAUCCAUCUGAUAUGCUCGAGUAUGGCCCUCCAAGGGAUAGAAAUUGCCAUGUGGCUCUUAGCAGCACCACAAGUUACAAAAAAGAUCGACUACCUUUCCCAGCCAACAACGUGAGCGCUGAAGGUAUCGCAUUCACAUUACGAAAGUGCCUCGAGAAUACAGUCGAGAAUGCGGAUCAGGUUCCCGAAUUUACCAAAGAGGUGCUAGAUGCCAUGCUUAGAACUUAUAGACCAAAGCAAGGAGGUUCAAACAGCGAUCACGGCGAAAACUACAAUACAGGUGACAUAGCCGAACUUACAACGUCCUUCAAACAUGAUGUAUUUCUCGAGGCGAACAUGCUCAAAGACCGUUACACCAUUCUCAUCAACCAAACAUGUUCCGUAAAAACGCCCACCACCUUGCCCAGAGCCCUCAUCGCAUUUCGCCUGGCUAAAGCGAUAGUCAACAUGAUUCCCAGAUCUCUCGCCCAUAGUUCGUCCUUUAGCCGUGAGAUCCUCAUGUCUCAUCACCAAGUUAUUUGCCUCAUCAACGCUGUCACGAAUCAGAAUGACAGUACAGCGCCAUCAACAAGUAUUACCACCAUGCCGAACCAAUCUACGCCCGACUCGUGCGAUUUCUGUGACGCUGCGAUUCCUUUUACCGAUCUUGAAAUAGCGACUUGCUUGAAUGGUCACCAAUACCCAAGAUGUGGACUCAGUUUCAUUGCCAUCCAGGCCCCGCGGAUAUCAAAAUUCUGUGGUUUAUGCAAAACGGGAUUCUUCAGCGAGGAGUUCGUGACGGCACAGGAGGUCACGCGCAAUUCGGAUUCCGAUGAUUUGGGUGAUGUGGAAACACAGACUCUCGGGCAGUCAGCGGCGAAUGAAGACAUUGAAAUGCCAGACGUGCGACAUGGCGAGGACCAAACUAGUGGGCCGGACGAGGCUAACCACUUGGCCGCGAAGAAUUUAGCAACGGAGACGCGAGAGCAGCCGGACAAAGAUAUAGAGGCUUUGAUCGGACCAGGAAAGCAGGACAUAAUAACGGAGGGUUUACCGGUAUCACUCGCCCGAGUCUUGUUUUUGGCUUGUGAUGUGUGCAUCUAUUGUGGCGGGAAGUUUCUCGAAUAA